CUCCCUACCCCCCACCAUUUCCCAUUUUCCAUUUCCCAUUUCCCAUUUUCCAUUUCCCAUUUCCCAUUUCCCAUUUCCCAUUUCCCAUUUCCCAUUUCCCAUUCUCCUUCUUCCUUUCCUCACCCUCCCACCCCUCCAAACCCCAAACCCGUUUUCUGGUCCUUUAUCCAAGACACUACACCUGUUGGCCUUCCCUUUCCUCCUUCCAAUCUACAAGAUCAUUUUAUCCACUCCAGAUCAAAUGGCUCUUGCUAGCACCAAACUCGAUGGGGGGAUUGCCCUGGUCACUGGCGCGGCGUCUGGGAUCGGAAAGGAGGUUGCCUUCGCUUUCGCCGAAGCUGGGGUCCAGGCCAUCGUCCUGGUAGAUCGGCAUGCGGCUGAUACCAUGGUCGAAGAAUGUCGCACUUUCGCCGCCCAUCCCGAUUUCCAUGUCCUACCAAUCGUGGCCGACAUCACCAAUGAGAAAGACGUCCACAAUAUGGUCCAGACAGCGGUCAAUACCUUCGGACGGAUCGACUAUUGUGUGCAUGCUGCCGGAAUGGGAUGCAUCUCUCGCGCGCCAACGGAGAAUCUCGACGUGCAGACAUUCGAUCAGACUAUUACCACCAACACACGCGGGACAAUGCUCGUGGUACGGGCACUCUCCGACAUCAUGGCUAGACAGGAGCCUCGCACGCACACCAGCCGUCGGUCCAACACUACACGCAGUCUGGGACGCGGCGCUAUUGUGGUGAUAGCGUCUAUCAAUGGAAUCAUUGCCGCUCCAGGCAUGAUACCCUAUACGGCGUCGAAGUACGCUGCGAUUGGGAUUGCCAAAACGGCGGCGGUCGAUAACUUGCAACAUAAUAUCCGCGUCAACAUCGUGUGCCCCUCCUGGACUGAUACAAACAUGCUAAAGGAUGGCGUGGAGCGCUUUCCUAUCUUGGAGCAGGUCAUUCAGAGCAUGUGCCCACUGAAGAGAGCCGCUGUUCCUGAAGAAGUUGCCGAUGCAUCUGUCUUUUUGUGCAGCCCAGCGGCAACAUUCAUCAACGGUGCGAGCCUGGUGAUUGACGCUGGCAUGACGUUGACGGCGCUUCGAAACAGCCUGUAACGGGGGAGAGGGGGGGUUAUUCAACCAUUAAUAUAUAGUAUCCGCUGCAUUAUCUUACAUACAGCAGAAGUAGACAAUGACAACCUUGAUCUGUAC